UUUAAUUUGUUCUUUACUUUUUUAAUCAGCCAAUAUGGUAGUAAUAAAGCCCUGCACUGUGACCAGUAAUACUCAAUGUGACUGUAAAGAGGGAUACUUCAUGAAAGACUCAUGCAUGGCAUGCUCCAGUGUCAGGGGCACCAAAUAUAGGAACAGUGAAGAUUACAAGAAGAAAUGCUUGAACAAGAAGAAGUGUCCGGGUGACCCAACAUGCCCUACCACACCUGUGCUCCCUACCAACCCUUCAACAGCGACACCUACAACAACAGCUACAACCACAGCUACAACAACAGCUACAGCUACAACCACAGCUAUAGCUAAAACAACAGCUACAACCACAGCUAUAGCUAAAACAACAGCUACAACCACAGCUACAACCACAGCUGCAGCUACAACAGCUACAGCUAAAACAACAGCUACAACCACAGCUACAACCACAGCUGCAGCUACAACAGCUACAGCUAAAACAACAGCUACAACCACAGCUGCAGCUACAACAGCUACAGCUACAACCACAGCUGCAACUACAACAACUACAACCAUUCCACAUCCCAUAAAGAUAGAACCUUUUAAAGAAAACCCGACCCUUUAUCUUGCGGUUCAUCUGGUUCUUCUCGUAAUAUUUCUGCUGCUCUUUGGACUCUUGCUGCUCUGCUGCUGGAAAACGAAAGGAAGCCCACACCGUCUUUUCUGCUGGAGGUUAACCAAGACCUUCAAAAUUGCUGAUCAGGAGUCAGCAUACCUGGAGAGACUCAGCCAUCAAAGCAGCAGCCCGGCCCCGCCGGGACAUAGCAGAGACCAAACAUACUCUGAAGAAAACUCUGCAAUGUUAGGCUGUUAUGAAGCACCGCCUCCCAUCCAGCCGGACAGUACCCACACAGAUCGGUGGCCGGCUGUUGUUCUCUAUGAGGUCAUAAAGGAGGUGCCCCUCCGCAGGUGGAAGGAGUUCCUGCGGCUGCUCUCGGUGAACGAUCAGCAGAUGGAGCGCAUCGAGCUGGAGACCGGUCUGGGUUCCUUAGAGAAACAGUACCAGAUGCUGCGGCUGUGGAGCCAGCACUCGUCCGCCAGCGUGAAAGAUAUUUUCUCCUCCUUAUACUACAUGGAUCUGUCCGGCUGCGCCCAGCGUCUGCAGGAAAGUCUGGAGAAGCUGAGGCAGAUGCCCGAGGAGGCCGACAGCUACGUCUAAACCCGCCGAAGCAGGGCAGGAU